GCGGCCAUAGUGUAUGCUCUACUCUAAGCGAGUGGCCCAGUCUGUCCAGUCCAGUCCAGGUAAACCUCUAAAGCCGCUCGCUCUUGCUCCUUGCUCGGAGAAAAUUCAGGAAACCCAAGACCACGUCCAAACACAUCCGAUGGCUACCAUCUCCCCUUCCCCUGGUGUCCUCCCAGUCACCAAUUCCCAGGCCGCCGUCCCUUCCCCCGACGACCGACGCCUAUCGUCUGUCCGCGAUUUCUUAUCCGGCAUCUCCGAAACCGUCCGAUCCGGCCUCGCUAACCGCCGCCCUUGGCCCGAGCUCCUCGACCGCUCUGCCUUCUCCAAGCCCGAUUCCUUCUCCGAAGCCUGCCUCCGCCUACGCAAGAAUUACAACUACUUUCGCAUCAACUACGCCGUCCUCAUCUCCGCCGUCCUCGCCGUCUCGCUUUUAACAAACCCCCUCUCCCUCAUCUUCCUCGCCGCCCUCCUCGCCGCCUGGCUGUUCCUCUGCCUCUUCCGUCAGCCCUCUGAUCCCCCGCUCACCCUCUUCGGUCGUCAAUUCUCCGAUCGCGAAACCUUCUUCGGUUUGAUCCUCUCUACCAUCGUUAUCAUCUUCCUCACCAGCGUCGGAUCCGUUCUCGUCUCCGCCCUUGUGGUUGGAGUGGGGCUUGUCUCGUUGCACGGUGCUUUCCGGACUCCCGAAGAUCUUUUUCUCGAUGAGCAGGAACCGCAGGGAGGCGGCGUUUCAGGCUUGCUCUCUUUCUUGACUCCUGGUGCCCCUGAUGUUGCCCAGCCCCCGGUGGCUGCUGCUACGGUUUGAUGGUCGGUUUGGUUUCAUUGAUCCAUCCCCCACCCCAGCUUUACUAUGCUAGGAUGCUUGAGCGAGAAUCUAGAUUAGAUGUCCGCCCCAAUAAAAAUGUACACCGAUCUUUGAUCUAUAAAAGUUGGAGUUCUCUUUUGAGUUUGUGAAGAGUUUUUCAGUUUCCUACUACACUGUCGACUGGCGUUGCAUUAUAUGUUGAAAGGAAGAAGGAAGAGCAGUUUACACUCCCAUAACAUAAGCCGAUAGUAUACUAUCUACCUUGUGUUCGGCUUGCUGUUUAUUGUGGGAUUGUAUUUUUCAUAUUAUUAUUAUUGAAAAUUUAAUCAUGUCUGCCUAA